UGUGUGCGGCCUCUUGUUGGUUUUGUGUCCAUUAUGACAGACGGUGUGUGUUUGUGAAGACACACAAAUAGGAAGGACUGAAAGGUUGAUAAUCACUUGAGACGGCAAAGAGCUGAGGACCUGUGCUGCAAUGAUGAGAUGGAUAGUAAGAGGCCGAAAACAUGAACAGCGGGAGAAGAACAUAUGUCAAAAGGAAAUUAGGCGCCAAGGACUGGCGUUCUAGCAAAACCAAGCCUAUUAUCAUGGAGGGUCGUUCAUCCACGCAGUCCUUCUCCAACCUCCAGCACCAUCGCCACCGUCCGUCUUCUUUUCCUCUGACCCUAUCUGGCUUUCAGGGCCCUGAUGCUGGAUACCCACCCUCACACUCUGCCCAGGACUCCCAGGACCAGCAUGGAGGUAGAGGGGAGGAAUCCACGGCCUCCUUCCUGGCAUCAAACAGCUCUACUGGGAUGAGGAGGGGGAGCAGCGGGAGUGACAGAGUCUUCCUCACCACCAGCGGGAGUAGCUUGGAUGGAGAUGCUGGUUUGGGAGGUCAUUUUGGUGGCGACAGCAGAUUGGUCGGUCACUUUGACGACUCAUGGUACAGCAAAAAGGGGAUAUGGGACGAUGGGGAGAGCGGAGGAAGCGCUGCGGAUGAUUUCCACAGUAAAGCAGACUGUUACAGCAACACGAACGACGUGUUUUGCACAAUGAACUGUGCUCCUGAAGAGGGAGACAGGUGGAGGAUCAGAUCAAACUAUAACAGUUAUGGACAAAGUGAAGCUGUUUGUAGCAGGGAGGGCAGCAUGAGCCACUUCAAUAAGCAAGCUGUGUCCUACAACAGGACAGAUUCAAAGAUGAGCGAUCCUUAUGUUGGAGGAGAGGAAGAUUAUGGGUCCAGCUGUGGUUCAGGAGAGGAUCAGCUUCACCCAGCAGAAGCUGAAGGGUCAUGGCUCACAGUCUCACCCACAGGAGAUGCCGAGAUGAAAGGUCAAGCAGAGGGGAGGUGGAGAGGAACAGACACCCACAGUUUGGGUUCAGGAUCACCUGUGGGCAUCAACAGCAGGGCUUACACUCAGAAACUGGACUCUUUCUCUGAGGCUUUCCUCCCCCAGAGAAGGAGGAAAUUUCAAAUUCCUCUUGACAGGGGUUCUGGACAAAUCUGGGAAAAUGGAUUAGGAACAGGAGACAGUUCUGGAUCAGUCAAGUUGAGGCAAAGCUGUGCUUUUGACCCAGACACCUAUCUGCAUCCCUCCUCCUCCUCUUUGUUGUCUUCGUUUCCCUCCCCUCCCACAUCGUCUCACCUCAUGUCUUCAGUUCUGAGUCCCCCUCCCACACCACUACCUCCUUCCUCCCAGUCACCCUCCAAAGAAGACUCUCCAAGUGCACAGGGGGGCACAGGACAUGUGGUUUCCCAAGGCGGAGAAUCCCUGGGCGGGCUUCAGUUUUUCCCACCCCGCAUUCAGUCUUCUGGGAUGAUUUGGAAGUUCCCCCUGCUGUCGCACUGCUUCCCACAGCUGUCAGCCGACCCCAGUGACUCGGAGUCUAGCCUGAGGUGCUCUCAAGGUGACGAGGCUGGCAACGUCACAGCCACUUGUGACAUCCUUCAGUCUCCUGAACCAUCAUCCCUAACGCCUUCAACCCAUUCCUCAUCCCUCCACUCCACCAGACCGCUCUGUCCAUCUAGCCGUCCAUCCUUAAAUGCUCCUUUCCCUCUUCCCUGUCACCCAUUCUCCGGGAAGAAUCACAAGAUUACUGAAAAGAUGUCUCCUUACAAAGUGACCCCAAAAGUAAAGAAUGAACCAGUCAGUCCAGACCAACAGCAUCUGCAGGAACAGGCUUCACCCAUCUACAUUGGGAGGCCAUUCCCUAGUAUCCUUAACUCCAAAAGGGCUCAGAAUCGUGGCCGCUAUACCCCUCGGCCGCUUCUCAAUCCUUCCCGCAGGGGAACAGGCCUCUUUUCGUCAAUUUCCUCCGUUCACCACAGGGAGGAAGCAACACAAUGGGCCGAGGAGGUGGAGAUAUGUGGGUUACCAUAUAUCAACGUGGGUCCAGGUUUCCAAGCGGAUCUUCCUCCUUGCAUUGUGGAUUGUGAGUGUUCAAGCACCUGGGUCUCAGAGGAAGACUCCCCUCGAGAGCAGCUGGUGUGGAAACCCUGGGAUCAUCUGCAGGAGAGCGCUCAAGUACAAAGUCAAGUGGAGAAGCUGCUGUCCAUGUGUACUUCCAGCUGUCUACCAGGAGGGGGCAGUAACACAGAGCUAGCGCUGCACUGUCUGCACUACUGUAAGGGUAACACAAUGGCCACUGUGGAGAUGCUGUUGUUUUCUCACCCCUCACCAGCAGGAGACUACCACUACUCAGGCUGUGAUUUGUGGACAGAUACUGAAAAGAAUCUCUUCGGUGUGGCUCUAGGGACAUAUGGAAAAGACUUUCCUCUCAUAGAGAAGACGGUGAGGACAAAGACGGUGUCCCAAUGCGUGGAGUUUUACUAUCUCAGCAAAAAGUUGGUGGAAAAGCAAAAGAAACUAGAGGACCUCCGAGAAACAGAUGAGAAAUGCAUGACGCCCAUUCCCCAGCCACUAGAAAGGCCGUUUGCACUGGAAGAGGCGGUUCCUGUUCCUUCACUGCCCAGCUUCUUCCCCUGCAAGCUGUGUGGCAAAAUGUUCUAUAAAAUCAAGUCCCGGAAUGCUCACAUGAAGAUCCACCGCCAGCCUCAGGAGGACUGGACUGACAGGCGGCUCCAGCAUCAGCUCCUCACGCAGCGUCUGGCCCUCACUCGCCCCGCCAACCUCAUUCCCAUCCCAGGAAGUAGUCUGCUCCCACCCCAGGCUUCAACAACUAUGUCUUUUUCCUCCUCAGGCCUUGCUUCGAGCAGCAAUAGCAACCCUAACAGUGUCCACAACAUUAUAACCAACAGCAGCACUAUUACUCCUAACCAACUCCUAGAUCCUAGCACAAGUGUUACUUUUAGCAACAUUACUCCCACAAACUCCCAUCUAAUCGCCAUGAACAAUAUCAAUGGAUGUAACUCAAACAGGAAAGACCCCACUGUACCUUUCCCCCAGCCGUGGAGCUCUUUUGGACACCUUCUUCCGGACCUCGCUUCUUUUUAUUGCAUCCCAGAAGGAAAGGAGGAGGUGGGAGCUGGGGCAGUAGAGGGAAAGGAAGCGAUCAGCUGGCAGUAGUAGUGUUUAACUUUUCUAAAAGCAUUACUACCAUAAUUCUGAAUACAUGUCAAACUAAGUGCUUAAUUCCAACUCAUUUUUUAUUUAAUUCGUUUUCACGUAAAAAAAAAAGAAAAUUGUGAAUAACUAAGUGCCCCUGUGUGUUGAGGUUUUGUUGUAAAUGUUGUACUCAAAUCUGUUACAUAUUUAAAUCAUUGUAAUUCAUCUCAAAUUUCAAUAAAAAUGUGACGUUAUUAA